AUGUUUGAGGUGAAUGAGAACUACACGCGUGUGUCAGAGUUUGUGAUCGUGGGCUUCCCGGGGCUCGAUCCAUCCUUCUACCAGCUGGUGGCCUGGUUCUUCUUCUUCGUCUAUGUGAUCACAGUGGUGGGGAACAUCCUGCUGGUGGUGCUGUUUGCCCUGGAGCGCAGCCUGCAGAAACCCAUGUACAUCAUCAUGCUCAGCCUGGCUCUGUCAGAUAUAGGUUUUGCCACAGUGGCCCUUCCCAAAGUGAUAGCUCGGUGGUGGUGGGACGACGGGAGGAUCUCCUUCCAUACGUGUCUGUUCCAGGAACAAAUGAUCCACUACUUUGGAACACUCAACUCUCUCAUCAUGUUGACUAUGGCUAUGGACCGAUACCUGGCUAUCUGUCACCCUCUCAGAUACCCUAUGUUGAUGACCAACCAGAUAAUGAGUGGUCUAACAGUCUUCUCCUGGAUGUCAGCCACAAUCUCACCUGCCAUCGGCACCAUAGACUUCACCAGGAAAGUAGCAUUCUGUGGUCCCAACCGAAUUCUCCAUGCCUACUGUGACGCUCUGUCCCUGACUAAACUGUCCUGCUCCGACAUGGCGGCGAUCCAGGGCAGCUCCAUUGGCCUGGCCUAUUUUGUGCUCCUCGUCCCCUUCUCCUUCAUCGUCUUCUCCUAUAUCAACAUCAUCGUCACCGUGAUGCGCAUGGCUAACACACAGGGCAGGCUGAAGACCUUCUCUACUUGUGCUACUCAGGGCUGUAUCAUCCUUAUUUACUACAUGCCCCGCUUCAUAGUGUACGCUACACCCUACAUCCCCAACCUGAUCAUGACCCCUGACCUCCGCAUCGGCCUCACCAUUUUCUACAGCCUGUUCCCCCCAGUGGCCAACCCGUUCAUCUAUAGCUUCAGGACCAAGGAGAUCAGAGCCGUGCUGGGGCGCUGGAGACAGGGCUGGAGGAACAGCCAGACAGAACCGAGUAUACCCAAAACUCUGGCUGUUAUCACUAAAUGA